GUUGGCGUGACUUUGGCGCAGCGCCUUGGCUUCGUCGCGGCGCAAUCCCUAGGAGGAUGGGGACGAGGAGCAACGCGAUGUCGAUCGAGCGACAACGUCGCAAACUUUAGUUUGAUGCCCAGGUAUUCCUGUAGAGUAACUAGGGAUAGGUUGCUGGAAGCAUCGCUCGCUAGAUCAGGGCGCCCCGACUUAAUCCUGAGUGGUUUUCUGAUUGAAGCACAAUGAGAAUGAGAGCGGCUCGAAAGAGAUCAUCCUUGGCUGCCGGUGCUGACAUUAGAACAACAGGUAUCGUUCAACUGGAUGCUUCCAGGCCCGAGAAAAGGGCCCGCUGUGACGGGUGGUCGUUUGCCGAGACCUCCAACCCAAACAGAGGUGGAGAGGCAGCACCUCAAGGAGCCCUUCCUUCGUCGCCUCGGUUGGAACAGCAGCCGCUAGACACGGAUCGUCCCGAAGACAAAAGCUUCGAGAAGGAAAAGUCCUGUGAACAAGAUGGAGACGAGUGCCGGACGUCCAAAGAGAAAGAAACUCCGGCGGAAGCGGCUGCGGACCAGAAGAGCUUGCGACACUUUUCGAGGGCGAGGCAACCAAAAGCUCGGGUAUCAGCCGCCGAGGCUUCUGCUCCUCAACAGGGUGCAGAGAACCCUUCGGAUGCGUCGUCAACUUCUCUGGAAAACAACAACGUCCACAAGGAAGCGAAGAACAGGAGAUACGAUUUGAGACACUCUUACGUUGAUAUUUACCAGAUCCCGGAAGAGUUACGCUGCUUCGUGGAUGAGGAGGAGGAGGAGGAGGAGGAACUUCCGGAUAAAAAGGCCAAGAUCCGGAGGAGGAGGAGGCAGGACAAGUCAUCGAAAACUCGGUUGAACAAGGAUAAGGUGGAAAUGAUCGAGGAGUGCCUGAAUUUCCUGGAACAGAUGGGACUUUUCAAGAGCAGUGUUUUGGUGGAAGAGAGCUCCGUAGUGGCUGUCCAUCCGGGGAGCGUUGGCGAUGGAAGUGCUACCGCCGAGAACUGUAGAGUUUGUGGACGGCCCGGGAAUGCAAACUCAACACUGGUAUGUGAUACGUGCGAGGAGACGUAUCAUCUCUCCUGCUGCUACCCGAGGAUCAGAAGCGUGCCACGAGAUGAUCGCUGGCUCUGCAGCUUUUGCACGAGGAAACGCAAGAAGAAGACGGCCGAGCUGAAGAUAUUCCCGGCGGGACAUUUUGAAGAGAAGCUUCCUGCAGCUUGGAAGAUCGACAAGACUAAAGUUCGUGGCUGGGACUUGCAGCGCAUGGAGAGAACUCAAGUUCGUGUUGGAGAUGAGUUUCAGGCAGUUGUUCCGGAAUGGUGUGGCAAAGUUUCGUACGAGGAUGUUCGACCAGAUUAUCCAGGUCUUGAGGCUCCUCGCAGUCUGGCGGAGAAAUUAAAAGAGAAAGACCAGGCCGAGCAAACUGUUGCUGCUAAUAUUUGGCCUAUGGGAUGGAUACCAGCUAGGAGCUUGCCUGAAAACGAACGAGAAAACUGGGUGCAAUGCCAAAACAUCAUCUAUGAAGAGGGCGAUUAUCUUCCAAGCGGAGAAGUGGCAAACAAGGACAUAGUUUGCGGCAAAUGGCGAAGGGCUCCUUUACACAUUGUCGCCGAUGAUGGAUGGGAAUGUUCGUGCGCUGUUGCAUGGGAUCCUCGUCACGCUGAUUGUGCGGUACCACAGGAAAUCCCCACUGAAGAGAUCAGAAAGAGACCGAAAGCUCGAAUGCAAUCUCCUGGCGAGGAAUGGAAAAACUCGGGAAGACGAGGCAGAGCAAACCAAAACAUGACAGAGUUCUAUUGAUUUUCGCACGUAAGUGUCGUUCACCAUCGUGCUUGAUCGAUCUCGAUUAUUUUCUCUUAAGUUUGUAAAGGAAGAGGAUUUUUGUUUGUCUUCUUCCCUUCACGAUGGUUUGGGAAGGAAGAAAAGAGUAGACAACGAAUAAUAAUAGAUUCAUCAUCUGGAA